AUGGAGGUGUUCGGCACGACCGUUCCCCGCGGCUCGUUCGUCGUCAAAGUCAACUACAGCCUUCCGCGUUUCCGCGAACUGCAGGCGCUCGACCUGAGACAACUGCACGCCGCGAUCCGCGCCGACCUCGACGCGCUCGGGCGCAUCCCGUACCCUGCCGCGCGCACGCUGCAGCACUGCCCGGACCCCCCUAUCAUGGGCACGGUCCUCUUCUCUUGGAACAUAUCCAAGCCUUUGCUGCAGAGCGCGUGCCCGAAGAUCACCGGAGCUGACCGCGACGUCCUCUUCCGCCGUCACAUGUGA